AUGGUGCAUCUCUCUGAGCAAGCAGCCUCCAUUCUGAAUUGUAAGAAGAAAUUUUUGGACUCCCCCCAGUUUGUGGUGCUGCUGGCCUCUCAAGAUGUCAGUGUGUUCUAAACACACACUAUCCAGUUCCACCUCCCACUCUGGAGCAUGGAAACUCAAGCAGCAUCCAUCAUUACCAUUGAUCAGGAAAGGAAGAAUGGCCUUGGGGGAAAAAGAGUGGCAUUAUGUCUGGAUUUCAAAGCAGUCACUUUGUUGGGUUACCUUCCUCAGGAUUUGAUUGGAACAUCCAUCUUGAUAUAUUUGCACCCAGAAGAUCACCCCUUUAUGGUUGCCAUUCAUCAGAAGAUCCUGAAGUUUGCAGGCCAGCCUCCAUUUGAGCAUUUGCCCAUAAGAUUUUGUACUCAGAAUGGAGAUGUUAUGUUGGAUACCAGAUGAUGCAGUUUUGUGAACCCCUGGAGCAGGAAAGUCGUGUUCAUCAUUGGCCGGCACAAAGUCCAGACGAGCCCUCUGAAUGAAGAUGUUUUUGCUGCAAGAAGCAAAGAGAUGAGCAGUGUCAAUAAAGAGAUAAGAGAAUUGCAGGGACAAAUGUACAAGCUUCUCUUGCAGCCAGUUCAUAGCAAUGAUUCUAAUGGUUAUGGAAGUCUUGGUGGCAAUGGGUCUUAGGAACGUUACAUCAGCAUAGCGUCCUCUAGUGACUCCAGUGGGAAUUGUGCUGAGGAAAACAAAGCAAAUCAAAUAACAUUGCAGCAGGUCUGUGCCAAUGUGAACCGAAUAAAGAACAGUCAACAGCUGCAUACUAAGUCACAGAGCAAACUGCAGAACAGAAAGGAUCCAGUCAUAGAUACUGUACUGCAGGGAAGCAAGCAGAACAUUGCUUCAUAUAUUCUCCAAGCACUGAGAAGUAACAUCACUGAAGGCCUAGAGAGUUCAUCCUGUUAUGAUUCAAGGAAGAUACAACAUGUUCUAUCCUACCAGCAGAUCAGCUGUGUGGACAGUAUCAUCAGGUGGUAAACUUGCUCUAGAAUUAUUUUGGGGAAGUUCUACAGUCUGUGUUAUGCAGGAGGUCAGACUAGAUGGUCACAAUGGUUUGGUCAGGCGUUUGAAUCUAUGAACAUUAUAGCAUUCUCAUUCAUUGAAAGGGGGAGCAAACCCCAGGAUGUCAGGCUAAAGAGUCACUUGUUUUCCUUCUCUUUUGUAGAAGUGACUGCAAUAGAAGAUGCCACUCUGGGGUGUGAACAAAUUGAGCUGCCUCCUCUGAAUGCUCAGAGUCCCACUCUGGGGUGUGAACAAAUUGAGCUGCCUCCUCUGAAUGCUCAGAGUCCCACUGUGCUGCUUGAGGAAUUGAAGCAAGUUGGACUAACAAAGGAGGUUUUGUCAGCCUACAAUCUGAAAGAGGAGCAGAACUACACUGACGGGCUCCACCAGAGGAUAUUCUCCUCUCUGUAUAAGUCCUGUCUCUAGCAAGGGAGCAGAAGCAACAGUGGAUUUUCCGCUGGUCAAAGUAGGCACCAGUUGUUCUGUGUGGUAAGUGAAUUAGUAAUUGAGUCUAGUUCUGCAUCUUGUGACCUAAUCAAUAUCUUACUAGUACUGCAAAUUCAAGCAGGAUGUUUUCUUCUAACUGCUGGGGCUUAAUAGUAGUCACAGCACAGAAGUCUCUACCCAGUCCUAGAUACUGCUAUCCUGGACUUGUAUCAGGACAUGUAACUCUUACAAUAAAUGCUGCAAAAGGCCACACAGCAGUGUAAUGCCUCCUAUUACUAGAACUCCAAUACGCUGAAAAAAUAGGUCGGGGUAAGCCUAGGAGAGCAGUCAGAGGGGCUGAUGGGAUAUAGAAGAGGACUGUCUGGGCCUGCUAGCAAAAAUUUUCCUACCUUGACUGGAGAAACUGUCCAGGGCGCAUAUUCUGCUAAAUUAACUCUCUGAAUGUGUUGCAUAUUCUGCAUUAUUUCUCUGAAGGCCUGUCUCUGUCUCUCCAGACCUGCUGCUUCAGUGAGUGACUAUUUUUCUCUCUUUUAGGAGACUCCCCUUCAAAGCAGACCAGCCCAGUUAGCUGUAGAAGAGGCAAAUGUAGGAAACUCAAGCGCCAGAACCCACUAGAGCCCUCAUACAA